GGCACUGGUCAUUCCGCCAUGUCCCUCCGUGUCCUCCUGGCAGUGGUGGUUGCUGUUCUCUAUCUGUCCCCGGUAAUGUUAUCCCGGGCUGGGGACAGGACAGAGGGGACUCCCGGUCCAUCUUACGUGGCCGCAGUCUACGAGCACAAGGUGAUUCUGAACCCAGAGCCGCAUGUGCCUCUGUCUCGGGCCGCGGCACUCGAGCACAUGAUGAGGAACCUGAAGGUCUAUGAGGAGCAGGCCGCGCGGGCAGCGGAACAGGGGGCUCAGAUCAUAGUAUUUCCAGAAGACGGUAUCCAUGGGUUCAACUUCAGUCGUCUGUCCAUCUCUGGUUACCUAGAGACCAUCCCUGACCCACUGACUGAGGACUGGAACCCCUGUACACAACCUGACAGACACAAUCACACUGAGGUCCUCCAGAGUUUGAGCUGCAUGGCUCGACACCACCAACUGUACCUGGUGGCAAACAUGCCUGACCUCCAGCCCUGCCCUCUGACCUCUCACCCCCACCUUGACCCCUCUCAAACUCCCUGCCCCCCUGAUGGGCGCUGGCAGUUCAACACUGAUGUAGUCUUCAGGUCUGAUGGUUCCCUGGCGGCUCGCUACCACAAACAAAACCUGUUCUUCGAGAAGGAAUUCGAUACCCCGCCCAGACUAGAGGUGGUGACCUUUGACACGCCGUUCGCUGGACGGUUUGGAGUGUUCACCUGCUUUGACAUCCUGUUUCACGACCCUACUGUCAGACUACUGGAGAAGGGUAUCAGACAGAUGAUCUUCCCCACAGCCUGGAUGAAUCUGCUUCCUCUACUAACAGCGGUUCAGAUCCAGAGAGGGGUCAGUCUGGGAGCUAACGUCACUCUGCUGGCGGCUAACCUCAGGCAUGACAGCAAGGCUAUGACGGGCAGCGGCAUCUUCACCCCUAGUACUUCCCUCUAUCACCACGCCUUCCACCACCCUGGGGAGCCAGAGGAGGGGAAGCUGCUGGUGUUGAGGAUACCUGUACUGGACAGUGACUGGCUGGCAACACAGAAGCAGGCAAAGGGGCAGGAAGAGACAGGAGGACAGGGUGAGGCAAAGGGGCAGAUAGGAGGAGAGGGUGAGGCAAAGGGGCAGAUAGGAGAAGAGGGUGAGGCAAAGGGGCAGGGGGAGAUAGGAGGAGAGGGUGAGGCAAAGGGGCAGAUAGGAGAAGAGGGUGAGGCAAAGGGGCAGGGGGAGAUAGGAGGAGAGUGUGAGGCAAAGGGGCAGAUAGGAGAAGAGGGUGAGGCAAAGGGGCAGAUAGGAGGAGAGGGUGAGGCAAAGGGGCAGAUAGGAGGAGAGGGUGAGGCAAAGGGGCAGGGGGAGAUAGGAGGAGAGUGUGAGAGUGAACCUCUCUCUGCUUCUCUUCCUAUCCUCUCUCCCAAUCCCUCCCCAUCCCCCUCUAACUUCAUCUCCUCUAUGAUGUGUGACCCAUUCUCCUUCGUCCUGCUGCAUGGUUCAGAGGGCCAGCUGACUGUGUGUGACGGUCCUCUCUGCUGCCACCUGCAGUACCGACGGUCCCCACAGGGUGGCAAUACGGAGCUCUAUGCUCUAGGGGCAUUCGCUGGCAAUCACACGGCUGACGGACACCUCGCCUUGCAGGUGUGUGCGUUGGUCCGGUGCUCGGGGUCAGAGGUCAGCUCCUGUGGAAAGGGAGUGGAGGAGGCAGAGUCAAGACUGGACUUCCGGUUGGAGGGGAAGUUUGGAACGCGUUACGUUUACCCAUCGUUGCUAGGUAGUGGCAUGGUUGUAGAUGGACCCGACUGGAUCGAGAAGACCACAGAUGGUCGAGUGACUAUGGAACACUCAGGGAUGUCCGUUGGACUGGUGACUGCAUGUCUCUACGGCAGGGUGUACGACCAGGACUAGGGUGCGUGUGUGAGUGUGAAAGUGUGUGUGAGAGAGAGAGAGAGAGAGAGAGAGAGAGAGAGAGAGAGAGAGAGAGAGAGAGAGAGAGAGAGAGAAUAAAGUAAAUAAA